GUGUCGGCGUCACGUAUUGUCUCGUUUCUCGCCCCCGCCGAGUCAAAGCAGGGCAGCCCCGCAACCGCCGCCGUCCUCCCAAAUAACCCAACCGCCGCCGCCGCCGCCUCCUCCGCCUCCUCCUCCAUGAAUCUGGGCUUUGCGCCCCGGCGCCCCGGCUCCAGCCAUGUCGGCGAGCAACGCAGCGGCGGGCGGCGGUGACAGGACCACAGGCGAACGGACAGAAGAUGUGCUGUUGGAGGGAAGCCAAAGCCCUUCUGUCUCGCUGCCCAUCCUAAUGACCCCAACCUCAGCUGCUGGCAUGUCCUCGAGUAUGGAGAUGCCAAGGAAGCGGAAGGGCAGUAUGGACAACCAGGAAACAAAGAUGGCUUCCAUUCUUGAUGUGGACAUGGAAGAUGACCGAGACAGGUCAGAAGGGGAAGACCAACAUGUCAAAAUUAAGUGCUUCAGGGAGCCCCACAGCCAGAUUGAGAAGCGGCGAAGAGACAAAAUGAAUAAUCUCAUUGAUGAGCUGUCGGACAUGAUCCCCACCUGUAACCCCAUGUCUCGCAAGUUGGACAAACUGACCGUACUUAGAAUGGCUGUGCAGCACCUCAAAUCUCUCAAAGGUUCAGCUAGUGCUUUUUCUGAAGCCAAUUACAAGCCUUCAUUCCUUCCUGAUGAAGAACUCAAACACCUUGUCCUCAAGGCGGCAGAUGGGUUCCUGUUUGUCGUGGGCUGCGAUCGUGGAAAAAUAGUUUUCGUCUCAGAGUCCAUCACCAAGAUACUGAACUAUAGUCGGGCGGAGCUCAUUGGACAGAGUCUGUUUGAUUACAUACACCCGAAGGAUAUGGGAAAAGUGAAAGAGCAGCUUUCAGCCUCUGAGUUGUACCCCCGCGAACGGCUUAUUGAUGCUAAAACUGGUCUACAGGUCCAGGCUGACCUCCCAGUUGGUGCAGCACGGCUGUGUUCUGGUGCUCGUCGAUCCUUUUUCUGCCGCAUGAAGUACAACAAGAUCUCUGUUAAAGUGGAAGAAAAGGAAUUCCAGGCCAGUACCUCAAAAAAGAAAGAGUCCCAGAAGUAUUGCACAGUCCACUGCACAGGCUACAUGCGCAGCUGGCCCACCAGUCAACUGGGGGUGGAGGGAGAGGCCGAUGCGGAUAAGGACAGCUCUCAUUUCAGCUGCCUGGUGGCCGUAGGACGUGUCCACUCCCAUACAGCCCCCCAGGUGAACGGAGAGGUUCGGGUUAAACCCACAGAGUUCAUCACGCGCUAUGCCAUGGAUGGCAAGUUCACCUUUGUGGAUCAAAGAGCAACAACCAUUCUAGGAUAUCUACCCCAGGAACUGCUUGGCACGUCAUGCUACGAGUACUUCCAUCAAGAUGACCUACCGCAUUUAGCUGACAGACAUCGAAAAGUGCUGCGGAGUAAAGAGAAAAUAGAGACAAAUUACUACAAGUUCAAAACGAAAUAUGGCUCUUUCGUCACUCUGCAAAGCCAGUGGUUUGGUUUUGUAAAUCCCUGGACCAAAGAAGUAGAAUACAUAGUGUCCACUAAUACAGUCAUAUCACACGACCACAGCCGAACAAGCCGGUCAGGGAACAAGUCCGAACAGCCAAACAACUCCAAGACCUCGGAGGAAGAUGGCAAGAAGUCCCUUCCAAUCGUCUCAAAAACAUCCAGCGCUGCUGGUACCAUGAUUUACGCUGGAAACAUAGGAACCCAGAUUGCCAACGAGCUGAUGGAUUACAACAGAAUGAACGUGUCACCUUCAAGCGGCAAUGGCAGUCCCUUCAGCGUGCUGCACGACAAGUCUCCACAAGCUGCCACUCAGACCAGCGGCAACGUGCCAAAUGGGGAGACGACAGAUAUGGUGGUGCCAGGAAAGUCCGUGUGUGAAGAUGAGGCCCAGAGCCCGCCACUCUCAGGAGGAGAAAUAUUCAUGGGGGAGAAUUCCCAGCUGGAUUUGGACAGCGUGGUCGGGCCUGGCCUCGGUAGCCUUAGCAACGACGAAGCAGCGAUGGCGGUCAUCAUGAGCCUCCUGGAGACAGAUACAGAUCUCGGCGAAGCCGUGGACUUUGAGGAGAUGCACUGGUCUCUAUAGAACCGUGUCUUGCAAUGCAGCUUUGGGUCGGUCAGUCCGACAUGAAGCGUUCUCGUGUCCUCGGAGGUGCAGCGUUCAGUUUUAUAAGAUUUCUUUUUUAAGUUUAAUUUAUUAGUCACCUUUUCUCACACAAGCUGCGUUAUCCUCAGGUGGUUGCUUUAAAAGGUAGCGGGAUCUGUGACCGUAAGGUACACCUGCUCUCCCACUUCCAGUAGGAGGAUGUGCCUCUAAAGCCUUAAAGCUGUCUGCCUCUCCCAGAAACCUGCCGGACGGUUUCCUCACACUGCUCUGUGUCCCUCUGGAACCUCUCAGGGCUGCGGCCCACACGCGUGCAGCCUUGGUUCGCCCUGUCGUCCACGACAGUGACUUUGCUCCUGCCAGAAGACAGAACCCGUGGAAGCAAAUGACUGUGCAAUGGCUUGGGAUUUCUGUUUUGUAUUUCCCGCGGAUACCUACACUUGAACAACGGGUGGGAGUAACGACGCAAAAAAAAAAUCGCACUGAAAAUCUGUUUUUUGUUGGGGUUUUUUUUUUUGUUUUUUUUUGUUUUUUCAUUGUUUGUAUUUGAUUAGGUGUGUUAAAGUUUAGUUAAGAUUGGAGGACGAUACUGAGGCAGGAGACCGACAGCCUUCCACGUGUUUUUCCACACAGAUGGAGGCUGCAGGCAGGCAGCAGGUUACACGACGGACCACUCCUCCAUAACCUCCGACUCUGAGAGUCACCCGACUGUGUGCUGCUCAGAGAUUUUCUCAGACUUGAGGCAUUAUCUGUGCAUGUUUCCGUAGGAACCCUCAAAAUGACCUCCUGGGUUGCAGAGCACUUGAAUCUACGCUACAUAGGCUCUGUGAACCUGGUCUUGUUACCCAUCAGCCCGUGUCAGUCUUUUAAAAGCCUACUUCAGUUAAAUGUAAAACUUUUUUUUUGUGGAUUUCUCCCCAAUUGUACCUGCCCAAUUACACCACUCUUCCACCACUCUUCCGAGCCGUCCCGGUCUCUGCUCCACCCCCUCUGCAGAUCCGGGGAGGGCUGCAGACUACCACAUGCCUCCUCCCAUACAUGUGGAGUCACCAGCCGCUUCUUUUCACCUGACAGUGAGGAGUUUCACCAGGGGGACGUAGCGUGUGGGAGGAUCAGGUGCCCUGACUGGCCAGAGGAGGCGCUAGUGCAGUGACCAGGACACAUACCCACAUCCGGCUUCCCACCCGCAGACACGGCCAAUUGUGUCUGUAGGGAUGCCUUACCAAGCCGGAGGUAACACGGGGAUUUGAACCAGUGAACCUGUGUUGGUAGACAACGGAAUAGACCGCUACGCUACCCGGACGCCCUUAAUAUAAAACAUUUUGAUUGUCUGGCAUCUCAGCUGCAGUCGACCUCCGAUUCUGGCUGCGAUGUUGGGGCAAUAAAACUUGUUGACGUGUCAGAUUCAGUUGGCAGAAUUCAUUACAGUUUAGAUCAACGUCCCUUCAACUUGCCUCAAAAUGUGUUUUACUCAAACAGCAUUUUUAUUUAUUCGAGUGCAGCAUCAAAAGUGUUAAAAGUCCCAAGAGCAGUGUGUUUUGGUCAUUGCGGUUCAUGGAAGUCCUGUGGAGGUAGACAACAUUUUAAAUGUUCAUCCAAAGUGAGACAGUUCUGUCAGUGCUGAGACGAAGGCUUGGUAGGAUGGUGGAACCCAGACCUCAUCUGCACGUCUGUGAUGUUACAAGUUCCUCCCUGAGUCUGACGACAGUGGAGCUGACUACUCAGGGAGCAGCAGAAGCAGAGCCGCCCCAUCAGCAUCCACAAAUGCAUCUGUCAGCUAGUGCAGGGUUUUGUUCUCCCAGAUCAGCUUUGACCCGCUUCACAUUCCCAUUCAUACUGCAACACUGAUGUGUAGUGUGAGGAGACUGGCGUAGACUGUUGGUCUGUGUUUCUGCACUACUUGUUCAGCUUGAGAUUUCUUGUGCAACUUGUUUUUCAUUUUCUGACUUGUGUUUUAGCCCCAUGUGUUAUUCCAGUCAUUCUGCCAGAUUUCUCCAGGCUCGCGUGUGUCAGACACUCGCUGGACUGUCACAGAUAAACUGUUCAAGGAAUUAAGCUAUGCAGGGCUAACAUUCCAGAAGUUCUCCACUUUUAUCAUAUGUUCUUUCUCUCCGCGUUAUAUUCACUCCUAUGCCGUGCACGACUGAAGAAACUUGCUCCCAGAGUUGUGUAGUGUGUUGUGUAGUGAUGGAUAUGCUGCCACCUAGCUGGAGUCUGCAGGGAAUGUGUCUUGGCAGAAAUGGGUUAGAAACAAGACACCAAGCUAUCUGGAUUCUACAGCCAGUUACCUCAGCAGUUUUACCCAGUCCUGCCCUCGCAUGUCUUCAGUCACAGAGGCUAAAACUGAUCAUCGAGCUAGCCAGUAGACCUUCACCUGUAUUUGAGGAGCUGGGGGCCUGUGGGUCCUGAGGACUGCUGCAGGUCAUUGAGGCCAGUGACGCACCACUAAGAAUCACAGGAGCCAGAGGGCCUUACAGGGCAUCUGACUCCAGAACACAGAUGUUGUAAGAUGUCCUACAGCUGGUUCUGUAAGUUUCAAACAGGCCGUGGCAGCUCUGUUUGGAUGUGUGCUGUCCAGUUCACUCUGGUUCCCACCUUACAUCGGGAAGGAGAUGGGACGGGAACGUUAGAAACGACUGUUUUAACACUGGGUCAUAUUCCAGGACUGUGUGGGCCGACGUGUGGUUGGAGUAGUACUGAUCACCACGUGUGUCCUCCUGCUAGAGCGGCCUGGAGCAGAACUGUCAUGAGGAAACGGUGAAAUGCAAAACAGGUGUAGUACUCGCUGAAGAAAUACUUGAAAAUCAGGAUUUGGUGAUGUGUGGAUGGAUCUUCUCAAGAUGGCAACAAUUUUUGACAUACAAAGAUGAUUUCAGUGUGUUCAGAUCAAUUGAAUCCGUUGAAAUGUGGCCAUCGCACACACCAAGGGGCUGAGAUUAUUUUUAUUUUAUUAUCUAUGAAUAUCCUCAAGCAGUCAUUUGACCCCCCACCCCACCCAGAAGUGGACCCAAAGCCACAACUUGAGUUGUGUUACUGCCCAGCGUUUGUGUUUAGUGUUAUCACGCUCAUUGUGUAGCUUGGAUGCCCUGCGGCGCUGCGUACUGUAUGUGUCUCCUGGGCCGCCGCCCCUUCUCGAGGGUUCAAGGUCUUUCAGCGUUUCCCGGUGGUCAGGAAGGAGAAGUUGCAUUGUGAAUCAUGAACACUGUCUUUUGUCCCUUAUGCUUGAAUACUGAGGACUCACUGAAGGGAGAAGCAAACCCACAUGGACCUCGCUGCCAGUGUCUGAAGUGCCUUUAGACAUGCUGCACAGACACACACCUGUGUGCUUUUGGAGACGUGGCCACCUCCCACAUGGCUUCAGACUGACGUGGGGAUGGAAAGGGUCUGAAAUGAUGAAACGUGUCAGCCGGGGGUUCGGAGGGACACAACAUGGCAUAUCGCACAACCUUGACUUGUUCAGAGGCUGCUCACAUGAAAUGGACUAAGGAGCCUUUUUUCCCCUUUUAAGCAAAGUUAAUAAUUACAGUGACGUGUUUGUUGCUAGGGAGACCUGAAAUAAAAUGACCUAACACGUUUUUUACAAACUUCAUAUGUCUCCACCGCUUUCUUUCUUAAAUAUGUAUUGAUGGUCUUGUAAGAACUUGGGUCAUAAAAACAAGCCCGCCCC